UUGGUGUGGGGGAGGUGAGGGGGAGGAUUAACCGGCUGAUCUGCGACACACGUUUACACACACACAUACACACACCACACGGACCACACAUUUCAUACAAACAGAAUAACAGCUGCACCGCGAGGCUUCAUCUGGAUCAGCAUCCUCGUCGUCAUCAUCAUCAUCAGCAGCAGCAGCAGCAGCAGCAGCAUCGAUAGACAAAGAGACAGACAGAGGAGGAGGAGGAAAAGGGGAUCCUCAUCGUCUGAGGAGUCAGACGGGAGGAAAGACAGGAUCACAGAGACCGGCCUCCAGCAGCCUGACAGCAUCCUCCUUCAGUCAUGGCCGACCACAUGUUUGUGCUGCUGUGAGCGUGUGUGCUGCUGACGGUGGGUGUGUUCGCUGUGUUUUGGUCCUCACCGUGUGUGUGUGUGCGUGUUAUGGGGAACGCAGAGAGCAUGGAAAGCCAGCUGGCUGUGAUCCGGUCUCGAGCUGCCCCAGUUCGGCUCCCGAUGCCUGACCCAGCUGAGCUAGAAGAGAGGUUCUCCAUCGCGCUGAACUCAAUGAACUUGCCUCCUGAUAAGGUGCGUCUGCUGCGUUCGUACGACAAUGAGAAGAAGUGGGAGCUCAUAUGUGAUCAGGAGAGAUUUCAGGUGAAGAACCCUCCACAUACCUACAUUCAGAAACUGAGAGGCUUCCUUGACCCAGCCGUAACGCGCAAGAAAUUCAGACGAAGAGUUCAGGAGUCAACACAAACACUCAGAGAACUUGAGAUUUCUCUUCGGACAAACCACAUCGGGUGGGUCAGAGAGUUUCUGAACGAGGAGAAUCGAGGUCUUGAUGUUCUGGUCGAGUAUUUGUCCUUUGCUCAGUAUGCAGUCACGUUUGAUGGAGAGCAGUCAGACACUGGCAGUGAAGUGGGAUCCAUUGACUCCCCCUGGAGUCGCUCCAUAGAGGAUCUCCAGGGCGACUGCAGUCUCCCAUCCCCAUCCUCAUCUGUCCCUCGUUCAGCUCGACACUCCAUCAGUGUUCACAGCUCAGCUUUAGUGACUCGCUCCAACACGUUACCGAGUCGCCGAACGCUGAAAAACUCACGGCUCGUUUGUAAGAAAGAUGAUGUUCAUGUUUGCAUCAUGUGUUUGAGAGCCAUCAUGAACUACCAGUACGGCUUCAACAUGGUMAUGUCUCAUCCCCACGCUGUCAAUGAAAUUGCUCUCAGCCUGAACAACAGGAACCCAAGGACGAAGGCCCUGGUUCUGGAGCUGUUGGCAGCAGUGUGUUUGGUCCGAGGAGGACAUGAGAUCAUCCUGUCAGCAUUUGACAACUUUAAAACUGUUUGCAAUGAGGCGAUGCGUUUUGAAAAGUUGAUGGAACAUUUCAAGAACGAAGACGACAACAUCGACUUCUUGGUGGCCUGCAUGCAGUUCAUUAACAUUGUGGUGCACUCAGUAGAGGACAUGAACUUCAGAGUUCAUCUGCAGUAUGACUUCACCAAACUCAACCUGGAGGAACAUCUGGAGACAUUAAAGCACACAGAGAGUGACAGACUGCAGGUUCAGAUCCAGGCAUAUCUGGACAACGUGUUUGAUGUUGGGACACUUCUGGAGGACGCCGAGACAAAAACUGCUGCUCUGGAGAGAGUCGAAGAGCUGGAAGAGAAUCUGGCCACAAUGUCAGAGCGUCUGCUGGAUGUGGAGAAUGAAGCGAUGCUGAAGAUCGUUGAAUUAGAGAAACAGCUGAUGCAGACAAACAAAGAACUGGACCAACUUCGGGACGUGUACGCCAGCGCCAACUCUCAGGUGCACACCUUACGCCGGAUGGUUCGAGAGAAGGAUCAGACCAUUCGAAGGCAGAGUCGCCUGGAGCGUCAAGCUCAGGAGGCCCAGCAGGCUGGAGGACCUGGAGCUCCWCAGCCUCAGAGGGGGGAGGGAGAUGGGGGUGUGGCGGAUUCUGCCUCCCCCUCUCCUCCACCUUGUCCAAACCUGUCCCCCAGCCCUGAAACUGUAGCCUAUCACAGCAUGGGACCUGGGAUGGGUGGCGCUCUAGGCAUGCCAAAUCCACCCCCUCCACCUCCUCCUCCACCAAUGCCAGGCACAUUGUCCAAUGGACCAUACCCUGCACCUCCACCUCCUGCUCCUCCUCCACCCCCUCCUCCCCGUCCCCAUGCCCCCUCCCCCUCCUCCUGUGGCCCCACCUCUCCCAGGUACAGGGGGGUCACCUACGGUAAUCUUUAACUCUGGGCUGGCAGAGGGUCCUCUCAAGUUAUUCUCCGUGAAGAUAAAGAAACCAAUCCAGACCAAGUUCAGAAUGCCAGUAUUGAACUGGGUUGCUCUCAAGCCCAGCCAGAUCAAUGGAACGGUCUUCAAUGACAUCGAUGAUGAAUCCAUUUUGCAGGACCUGGACAUGGGGGAGUUUGAGGAGCUGUUCAAGACAAAGGCUCAGGGUCCAGCAGUUGAUCUAACCCUGUCCAGACAGAAGCUUCCUCAAAAAGCUCCAUCCAAGGUCUCCCUGCUGGAGGCCAAUCGGGCCAAAAACCUGGCCAUCACACUGAGGAAGGCCGGCCAGGCUUCAGAGAUCAUCUGCCGUGCCAUUCACACAUUUGACCUCCGAACAGUUCCCGUUGACUUUGUGGAGUGUCUGAUGCGUUUCCUGCCAACUGAGGCUGAGGUGAAGCUUCUACGGCAAUACGAGAGGGACAGAAAGCCUCUGGAGGCUCUGAGCGACGAAGAUCGCUUCAUGAUGCAGUUCAGUCGCAUCGAAAGGCUCAGCCAGCGCAUGACCAUCAUGACGUUCAUGGGCAACUUUGCAGACAACAUCCAAAUGUUAACACCGCAACUUCAUGCCAUGAUUGCCGCUUCAGUGUCUAUAAAAUCAUCUCAGAAAUUGAAGAAGAUCCUGGAGAUCAUUUUGGCUCUGGGGAACUACAUGAACAGCAGCAAGAGAGGCGCCGUGUAUGGAUUCAAACUGCAGAGUUUAGACCUGCUGCUGGAAACCAAAUCAACUGACAGGAAGCAAACGCUCCUUCACUACAUUGCCAACGUGGUGCAAGAGAAAUAUCCAGUAGUGUCUCCGUUUUACAAUGAGCUUCACUACGUCGACAAGGCUGCUGCAGUGAGUCUGGAGAAUGUGCUGUGUGACGUGAAGGAGCUGCAGCGYGGCAUGGAGCUCACCUGGAGAGAGUUCAGCGUGUCACACAAUGCCACGCUCAAAGACUUCAUCAGCAGGAACGAGUCCCGGCUCAACAAGCUCCAGGAGGACGCACGCAUCGCUCAGGAUGCCUUCGAAGACGUGGUAAAGUUUUUUGGUGAGAGCUCCAAGACUAUGCCACCUUCUGUCUUCUUUCCCAUCUUUGUUCGUUUCAUCAAAGCGUACAGGGUGGCUGAGGAGGAAAACGAGCAGAAGCGGCGUCAGGAGCAAAUGCUGCUGGAGAAACUGGAGCAGGAGGAGCAACAGGAGGAGGAAGAGGAUACUAAGUCUCCAUCCCAUAAAGGCAGGCGGCAACAACAGGAGCUGAUCACAGAGCUCAGACGACGUCAAGGCAAAGACAGCAGACAUGUUUACGAAGGGAAAGAUGGYGCCAUAGAGGACAUCAUCACAGCUCUCAAAACGGUGCCCUUCACUGCUCGAUCAGCCAAACGUAGCUCCCGCUUCUUUUGUGACUCCGCCCACACUGAAGAGCACUACUGAGAAAAACACUGACCACGCCCACUUUAAAUCAACAGGCCAGGUACCCAGACUUCUUCGAACCUCUGGGGCCAGUUAAACCCUGAGACUAGAGUUCUACAAAAGCAAACAAGUUCUGAAGCGAACUGAUGAAAAACUCCAACAUUCAGCUGAUGUAGGGUCAGAGUUCUUCUUUAACCUUUUUGACUCCAUCAUGUGCUUUUCUUCAGAUGGCGGCUGACACAGAUUGAGUUUUCCAGAAAACUUUAAAGGACUCUCGUGCUGAAAGUCCAUUUCUGAACAAAAACACAUAACUGGAAAUUUUCAGAGGAAAAUCAAAAUGUUUSUUAUUGAAAGUGGUGGUGAUAUUUAUUGCAACAAAAAGUAAAUAAACUCCUGAAACUUCUUUUUCACUUGCCUAAGAGAUCAGGUACUGUAGCUGUAAAAAAAAAAAGUCAGCUUGACAAAAGAAUUAACAUGGUGCUAAAAAGUCCACGCUCCAGCAUCGUGCCUCAUUUUUAGAAAAAAAAAAGCAUUCUUAAGAAGUGAGAUCUGGUUUGUAGAGUUGGACCAAAACAAGGACAUGCACAUAGCUUUUAAAAUCCCAUGAGGGCUAACUGUACCAACACCAAACACCUCUACCCUCUACAGCGGGGAAAAUUAUUUAAUCUCAUGCUGAGUUUGUAAUUUUGGUCAUUUACUUAGUGAACAAUCCCUAAUUUUUAGUUUCAUUUCAAUUAAGAGAGACAGAAAUAUCAACCAAGAAUCUAGAAUUAAAUCCUUGUUUGAUAAAAGCUUACAAACUGAAUUUUAUGUUUGAGAAAAUAAGUAUUUUUUAUGUCCAAGCACAAACUAGGGGGUGUCAAACUCAGGUCCUUGAGGGCCGCUAUCCUGCAUGUUUUCCUUGUUUCUUUGCUUCAACACACCUGAUUCAGUGCUUCAAGUAACUCCUUAAAUUCUGUAGAAGCCUGUUAAUCAUCCAUUCAUGCAAAUCAGGUGUGUUUUAGCAGGAAAACAAGAAAACAUGCAGGACAGCGGCCCUCGAGGACCGGAGUUCGACACCUGUGAAACAGACCCAAAUCACUCUGUUUCCACCUCCAUGCCUGACUGUGAGGAUGAUGAUGAUGAACCCAACCAGAAUUCUCUCUCAUCCAAUAUUUAUGCAUCCAUGUGGCACACAAAUAAUCCCUUAAAUAAGCCGUUCUCAAAACACCCCUGAUCUCUUAUGUGUAAAAAGCUUUUUUCCCCUCUGAAUCAGUGUCUUCCAUCACAACCUCUCCUCCUCCAUAGAUUAGACCAAAAACCUGUUAAAGGACUUUGGGGACCAGGUUAUAGACCUUCACAAAACUGUAAUGGACCAUAAGACCAUUAACAAGGAACUUGAUGAGAAGGCAGUAACUGUAAACCCCAAUUUAACCUUCAUCUGCUCAGCUCUGCUACGGCACUAACUCCACAGUGAAAACUCUCCCUUUAUAGUCAAUGAGAGCAUUUAACARUGCUUACCCAGAGUGGCGGCAUGCGCACAGCGAUCCACAAAAAUUUGACUCGGUUCUAUAUUUACCAGACGGCCGGACAAAUGUGGAAUCAAUCUAUAAAGAUUGCACCACACCAACAGGAAAAUGAACGAGCACAAUACCCCUGUUUUCAAAAUAAUUGCCUAAAGGCACACCACAUUUUAUUGAAUCCUAGCUAUAUUAUGGGUAAUUUAUACAUAUAUGCUGUCAAAAUGUACAAUUUAUGGCUAUGCAUUCACACAUAAAACAAACAAAACACCAUGAUAUUUAACUUGCACAGAAUGAAUGGUUUAGAUCUGACUUCAGUAUUUUUCACUGGCUUUAUCACACAAUCUCACAAAUCCUGCUCAUGCUUCUCGGAGCACUUCUGGGCUUCGCACCGUGGCGGACGCAGUGUAAAGCCAGUGUURGUGUUAUCAUUCAGAAAUGGAAGAAAUAUAAUAACCAUCAGUCGCUCUCAGUGUGUAGCGCUGUGUAAAGUUUUUCCCAAAUGAUUCAGAAGUUUGUGCUGCAGUCGGAUGAGACAAAAAUCCAACUCUUUAGCAUCAACUCAACCUGAAAAUGUUUGGAGGAGAAAUUCUGAGUAUGAGAAAAACACUUGUCAAACACAGAAAAACAUCCUGCCUCUGAUUCACCUGAGUGAAGUUGGCCCCCCAACACACACUUUGUUUUCAAAUGUAACAAAAUUGAUGUGAAACAUUUGUGAAGCAAAAAUUUUGGUUUAUGCCGCUAUCAUUUUAAGAAUAUUAAAAGAUUCCAGAGGUCAAAACCAACACGUGCAUGGGGAGAACAUGUAAACUCCACACAGAAAGACUCCAGGCUGAUAUUCUGUCUCUCUGCAUCAAAAUGAAAGGAACAUAAAAACUAAGUUUAUUUCGUGUGUGAAUGUGCAAAAUCAGCAGGAGAUCAAAUCAUUAUUUCCACCACUGUGAAACUAGAAAUCUUUGUCAGAAGGUCUGUGGUUCUGUGGUUGUUUGGGUUCCUUUGGUCUGAAUCUUGUACAGGGUUCUCCUUCUCUCACUUCGAUGUAUUCUGCCGUGUACUACUGUAAAUACUGGCCUUGCAAAACCAAGAUCCAGAGUCUGGAAGCUCCAGUCUCAUUUGGGCAAUCAAAGCCCAAUCUUACCCAACUCUGUUUCUUUGGUACUUUCACGUUGAAGUAUCACUUCCUGUCAUUGUGGUUUUUUUUUUUUUUUUUGGUUUUUUUUUUUACUGGACCAGCACUUGAAACACACAAUUAUGGUUAAAGGGAACCCUGACUGGUUGCAACAUUAGACAUUAUUUGAUGAGCAUUUACUUCAACUGUAGAGCCUUGACAAAAAGGAGAAUCUAGAACUGAUUCAAACUGUAACUGGAGGACAACAGAGCUGCUUUAUGGAAGAACUUCAGCUUAGCCUGUUAGCUUCUGUAUUAGCGCCCACACACACACACACACACACACACACACACACACACACACACACACACACACUUAUAUGGCGUAGUGAUGUAGUGUAGUUCCCAAACAAAUAUGUGGCGCUAGUUUAGCUAACACUAUAUCGCCAAAUACAUUUAUUGGCUCAGGUGCAAACACAAAGGCUAAUAGGCUAAACUGAGGUUCUCCUUCCAUGAAGCAGCUGAUCGUCAGAUAUUAACCUUCAGGGUGGAUAGAGCACCGGAAAACUUAAGUCUACGUCAUCAUUCACCUGAUAUGCUUUGUGGCGUUAAUAAAAUGGCUCCGUCUGUGUGACAAUUAUUUUUUAUAAUUUAUAAAAUCUAAACAGUCUACAGUAUUUUUACGGACUUUGUUUCACAGUUGAAGUAAAGAUUUAUCAAAUAAUGUCUAAUGUUACAGCUAGUCCGGGUUCCCUUUAACGCCGACGGCCUGAACAUGGUAAACCUGCAGCUUAAAGUCUGCAGCACACUAGAGGAGUUAGAGAUUUGUUUGAUUUGGCCACUUCCUCCRGUUUGUAAUCAUUAAUCAGAGAUAAAAAAAAUUUGAUUAAUGAUUACAAACAAAAAAAAUUAAUGAUUACAAAUAAAUAAAAAAAACAACUCUGAUUCACCCACCAAAAAAAUGCUAACUUAAAGUGUGCUGGUUCUGGUUCCUGGCAGGUCUAACCCAGACAUACCUGGACUCACCUGCAGUUUUGCUGCAGUGUUUCUGGCCAYAGUAUCGACUCUCCCAGCUCUCCACCCAGACCCCACACCCUCCUUUUAAAAAUUUCAAACUGUCAAGAGCACAAAGUUUUCUACAUGUACAUAUGUUUUUUAGAAGGUUGUGUAGCAAUGCUCUCUGUCUGUGUGUGUGCUGCUCGUUGCUGUUAUUCUGUAUUUUGGUGUGCAAAUAAACACACCUCAUCUACAAAA